AGGCCUGCCUGCCUCAGCGGGUCUGAGCUGCUCUUCCUGUUUCCAGUUCCUUCCCGAUGAGCCUGGAUUUCGCGAAGAUGCCUGGCUUUAACCAGCUCCUGCUGCGUUCCCGCCGCGUCUGCGCAACACGUGCCUGCCUAUUCCUCCUGCCAUCAGUGGGGGUGUGUGUAUGUGCUCUGAUCCACGCUCGUUCCUGUCCCCCAGUCACCCCCGAGGCCAUCGGCUUCCUGUCUGCGGUGGGGGUCUUUGUGGUACUGCUGGCUGUGCUCCUCCUCUUCAUCAACCGGAAGCUGUGCUUCUCUCGUGUGGGAGGCCUGCCCUGCCUGGAGCAGCACAGCAAGCGGAGGCGUGGUCAGAAAAAGGGCGGGGUUCACCUGGGCCUGGUGGACAGCUUCGGGGAGGACGACGACCUCACCACGUCGUCAGACAGCGGCGACGAGGUCAUGAAGCAGUUUGAGAUCUCAGUGCCGCGCUCCCAGAGUUCACACACGGGUUUGACUGAGACCUGUCCUAUGGCCGCCAUCGAAACCUGUCCCACGGAUUCCUGCCCGCCAGCUGAGCAGAGACGGGGUGGCAGAGAAGCCUCCAACAGCCGAGAGGGUGCCAGAGGCAGACCGAGGCCCCCAGAUGGAGAAUCCUGCCCAGACAAUGAGCCGGGCCCCCUGUGGGCACAGGACCCUGUCGAGGGGCUGGAGCUGGAGGUACGUCGAACCUCAGUGAGGAACCCGGAUAGCGGACCUGAAUGGCGGGCCUCAGAGGUCGGUCUGGAGAUGGAGACGGCUGUGGACAACCUAGGCUACGAUCACCGGGAGGUUCCUCAGAACGUUUGGAAUGAGAGGCAUGAUGUCCAGAGGGUGCGGUACAAGCCGCCACAUGUUCAGCGACCCGUCUCUACCUGCGGUGAGGUCAUCACGCUGCUGGAGUAUAAAGGGCGAGCGCAGAGGCUGCUGGUGACGGUGAUGGAGGUGCAGGGUGUGGAGAACCUGGAGGCUGAGGCCUGGCUGGUACGCCUGGUCCUGCUGCCGAGCCGCCGGAGGCGUCACAAGACCGGUGCCCAGCGGGGGCCGCUGCCCUGCUUCGGGGAGACCUUCCGCUUCUCACACGUGGAGCCCACAGAGCUGGAGCGCUCCGCCCUGCGCCUCCGCCUGUACGCCGUGGGCGGGGCGGCCCGGGAGCGCCUGGUCGGCCAGGGGCUCAUGCACCUCUGUGGACUCAAACUGGAAGGGAAGAUGGAGGUGUCCCUCACACUGGAGGCCCGCAGCCACAUGGAGAGCGUGCCGACCAGUACCUCCCCCCUCCCCAUCUUUGCCCCCCCCUACACAGAUACCUAUGGCAAGCUGACUCUGCUAGACACUGUGGGCCAGGAACUGUGCCGCUGUAAGACCUCCCUCCGCCGGGGCCAGCCGCACCCUGUCUAUAAGGAGACCUUCGUCUUCCAGGUGGCGCUCUUCCAGCUGUCCGACGUCACACUGCUGGUGUCAAUCUACAGUCGGCGCAGCAUCAAACGCAAGGAGCUGCUAGGCUGGGUGUCGCUGGGGCACAAUGCCAGCGGCCGGGAGGAGUGGCUGCACUGGCAGGACAUGCGGCAGUCGCAGGGGCAGCAGGUGUGUCGCUGGCAUGGCCUGCAGGAGGCGUAGUGAGCCGGCGGAGGCCACACCCAACCCCCCCCCCCCCCCUUCCUAGCCAGGGCUCACAGAAGAGCCCCGCACGUACGAUGAUGCUCCCAGCCUCUCGGUCUGCUCCGUAUUGGACCAAUCUCACAUAUGGCUGCAUCCCCAUUGGCUACACCAAUGUCUGCCACACCCAGAGCCAGCACUAGGGGGCAGUGUAACCCAUAUCCCAGGGUUCAAGACGAAUAGGACUCUCAACCGUUCAGUAUGCUGUGUUGUCAUCAAUCGCUGUGCAAGAUAGAUGGACUGGCUGUCAGAAACAAGUAACAAGACAUUUUCCAGUCGUGCAUCAUGUUCUGACUUCAUUGACUGCUGUGGCACGAUGGCCCGGGGAUUGUGGGUACGUGGAUCGGGCACAGGAGACGAGCUGCUGUAUGAGUGAAUAAAAGCCAAGGACCUCAUUUUACUCCAUGUUCUGCUUUUAUGAUACAGAUUCACACAGUUAAAGGACAGUUUUUGUCUAACAUUAAUGGUCAAACUACUCGUGUAACGUUGGGCACUUAGGGGAAUGGAGUUUAUAGCUGCUUGGUAAAGCUGAAGAGCCCAGAUCUCUGGCAGA